UUUUUAAGGAAGAAGUGACGUUACGUUACGUCAGUGGUAACAGCUAAAGAACAAAAUGGAGGAAUAUGCCAGAGAGCCGUGCCCCUGGAGGAUUGUGGAUGACUGUGGUGGAGCUUUCACCAUGGGAGCUAUUGGUGGAGGAAUUUUUCAGGCUGUGAAAGGCUUCAGAAAUGCACCUUCAGGGAUGAGUCACAGGAUGAGGGGUAGUUUAACCGCCAUCAAGACCAGAGCCCCACAACUAGGAGGUAGCUUUGCUGUGUGGGGAGGCCUUUUCUCAAUGAUCGACUGUGGUUUAGUAAAAGUCAGAGGGAAGGAGGAUCCCUGGAACUCGAUAACAAGCGGGGCCAUGACAGGAGCUAUCCUUGCUGCGAGGAAUGGACCAGUUGCUAUGGUUGGCUCUGCUGCCAUGGGAGGUAUUUUGCUGGCGUUGAUAGAGGGCGCUGGAAUCCUGCUCACAAGAUUUGCUUCUUCACAAUUCCCCACUGGACCCCAGUUUACAGAAGAACCUGCCCCUGCUCCUAUUCCCACCUCCCCUUUUGGAGAUUACAGACAAUACCAGUGAGAGGACCAUCUCACUCCCUUAUUCUCUAGAUCUUUCUGAAUUCCUUGCUGAAGUUACAAAGAAGAAAUGGAGAGGCAUCACAACCCUCACUAGAAGCUAUACUCGCCAAUAUGAGCUGAGCUGCCAGAGAGUUGAAAGACGGACAUCAUCUUCAUCGUUCUUUUUUCACGAACCAUCUAUAGAUCUGCCUUUUGCCAUUCUCUGCCUUGUCAUGUGCAUCUGUGUCACCCGGCACGUUGAGUACAGACGUGUGGUGAAAGUAUUUUAUAAUAUUUGGGCCUGUGCGUGAUGAGGCAUGUUUUCUGGUUUCUACAUGUAGAAAACAUCACCCAGCAGAUGAGCUCUGAUAGUGCUAAUAAUAGUAAACCUGGAAAACGUAAUGAAUUAUGUAUGUAAACAGCUUGUAUUCACUCAUCUCGGUCUUUAUCUGAUUUUGAACACAUCACAUGCUUGGGUUGGCCAAACACACUUGGGCCUCUACUUUUUAUUCAGCUACGAAGGCAGAUCUAUUGAACACACCACCAUUCCUGGAAUAUUAGUUUCUUUUAAAGUGUUUUAUUUAUUGUAGAUAAUAAAGAGUUGUAUUGGAUUGUUCUGUUAACGGUGAUUUUUCCAUUCAACACUCAGUGUUCCAAGGACUGCUGCUGACAAGGAAUGGCUCAGGCUCUUCAUUUGUAUAGAAAACUAAAGCAAGGGAUUGAUGCAUAUUGUAUUCAAUCUGUAUAACAAAUUGUACUUUGGUACAAUAAAGUCAUAAAUUGUAAAAUG